AUAAUAUAUGAGAUAAAAAAAAACUAAUAAUCAUUUAGAUGAUUUUAAAUUAAAAAAAAAUCCCAAGUUGUGUGACAAAUAGCGCCGAGAGUAAAUAUGAAAUCUACGCCUAUGAGGGCGCCGAGAGUAAUAGUGGGGGAGAAGUAGAGAAAGAAAAGGUGGGGAUAGUAAUGGCGAGAUCGGUAAUGGUGGGGUAGUCAGAGGUGGUAUCCGGCUGGGGUAAAGCCAGGUCUGUUAGAGUAGGAUGAAGAGAGAUGGGGAGACGGUGAAACAAGUGGAAUGGAAAGGCAGCAGUCAGCGGGGUCGCCGAGUCGGAGAGACGAGUGAGUAGACAAGGGAGCGAACAUCACAUCGUGGCAAGCCUAAGCGGCAAAGCCAAAAGUGCUGCUCUUGUCCGGCGUUUUGCUCCGAUCGAGAAGAGCACAACCACGCUAGUUUUUCGUCGUCGUCAUUGUCAUCGUCAUCGUCAUCGUCAUCGUCAUCGUCAUCGUCAAUCGUUAACGUGUCCUUGUAUUUGUUCUCGUUCUCGUCACACGUGUGCUGUUAGCAAAAGUGUUGUUUUUCGUUUACUCUUGUAACCAAAAAUUUACAUCUACGAACUGGAAAGUGUCCUCCUUCAACUGAUACAUUCAUCAAAGAGUAUAAAAGGAAAGAUCCCUUUUUUUAUUCCUUUUCCCUUUUACAAAUUUUUCUACCUCUUUUUAACGUUCUAGUAGUAGUUUACACGUUUAAUCCUCUUUACCUGUUUUUUUUUUUUACUAUCCAUCCCUAUUUCUUUGUCAUCCUUAUGUUCAGUUAAGGUAGUCUUCCUUUUGAAUCACCUGCUCGCUCAAUUCUUUACCACCAGCACCACCUACUACGUGAGCCGUGCCCUCUUUUAAUAUUGUAACAAUUUUCUUAAAAAAAAAAAAAACACACACACACAUUAUUAAAUAAUGUUUCUUAACAAUUUUAUUUAUAUAAAAGUGAUGAUGUCUUUGUAAAUAAAUCCUAAUUAAAUAAUCAAGAGGAAUAAAGUUAAUAAUUAUUAUUUGGAGCAUACAAAACAAAAUGAUCGUAUUUAGUUUAAAGAAGAAUAACAAAGUUCGUGAUCGAAGAGUGUCGAAGGAAAGUGGGAGUGGUGAUUUAAAGUGAAAGUCCAUGAAUUCGUAAAGUUAUAAGAAAAGUUGAACGUGGACACUGAAAUAAAAACGGUGAGAAAUCCAUCAGGAUGUUCGAAUUCCAGGUAUCAUGAGAAUAAAGGCAGUUACCGCCAGAGACUGUCCGGUGGUCUUUUGACAGAAAUAAUCUCAUUGUUAGAGAGAAAGAGAGAGAGAGAGAGAGUUAGAAAAAGAAUUAAARGAAGAAGGACAUAAGGAAAAAGUAUUUGUGAUUCGGUCGAUAAAGCUGGUCGAGCCGGUCGGAUCGAGUUCUAGGACGGAUAUGGCUACUGUUGUUUCUUCCACCGGUGCUGUUGCUGUUGUUGUUGCUGCUGCUGGUAGUGCUGUUGUUGUUCCUUGGCUUUUCUCUAACCAUCAUCAUCGCAGUACACCACGUUUCCACCACCACUACUACCAGUGUAGUGCGUGUACAAGUGGCCCACGAGAAAGAGAUUGAGGAGGGUGCUGAAGAAGAAGAAGGAAGGAUAGGAAGGAAUUAAAAGAGAAGAAGAAGAAGAAAACUAAAUAAAAGAAAAAUUAUACAAUAAAAACUUAAGAUUAACAUCAGUGAAGAAGAAGAAGGGUCCGUCGACGUCGAUUGCGCGCGUCUGGCCUUCUCGCCAGAGGAUGACGAGCACGCGAAGGGUCGACUGUCCGCGACCGAUUACACGGAUCUGUGGGACUCUACUUGUGUUACUGAUAUUACUUACCGAGGUCACGUACUCGGCCGAUCUAGCAAUCGAGAUUCCAGGUAAUUUGAGCCAAGGUGGUUCCUGGUUAAGACUGGAUUACAGUCCUGCUGUUGGUAAUCCACCGCCAAACACUACGGCAGCCGCAACAGACAUAGGUGAUGUUAUCAAGUUCAAGAACGUUCUUCCUGGUACGAGAUAUGAGUUUUGGUUAUACUACAGUAACGGCACUCUUCACGAUUGGCUCACGUGGGCUGCAUCGAUCACGACAGUACCGGAUCCACCCUCCAAUUUGACCGUAUCAGUUCGCAAUGGGAAAACCGCGAUCGUAUAUUGGUCACCACCAGCCCAAGGCAAUUAUUCCGGUUUCCGCCUGAGGGUACAAAGCUUCAGCGACACCGGAAAUCCAAGGACGAGUGUGAUACCAGCCGAUGCGGUGCCCUAUACCCUUCGUGAUCUUACGCCGGGGGCAACGUACUCCCUUCAACUUUUCACGGUGCUGGACACCAAAGAGAGCGUUGCUUACACGAGCAGAAAUUUUACAACUAAACCAAACACACCGGGAAAGUUUAUUGUAUGGUUUAGAAAUGAAACUACGUUAUUGGUACUCUGGCAACCACCGUAUCCUGCUGGGAUUUAUACUCACUACAAAGUCAGUAUUGAUCCCAAGGAUGCAAUUGAAUCGGUUCUUUAUGUGGAGAAAGAAGGUGAACCACCUGGACCAGCUCAAGCUGCAUUCAAAGGACUCGUCCCUGGUCGAGCAUACAACAUUUCGGUACAAACAGUUUCCGAAGAUGAAACUUCGACACCAACGACUGCCCAAUAUCGCACUGUACCUUUGCGACCCUUGAACGUGACCUUUGACAAGUCUUUAAUAACAUCUACUUCCUUCAGAGUAUAUUGGAAACCACCUAAUGGGACAUCGGAGUUUGACAAGUAUCAAAUAUCUCUUGGAGGUAAUCGGAGAUUAGCACCGGUCAGCAAAAAUCGUGACGAUGAAAGCAGAUUGGAAUUUAAAGAUUUAGAACCUGGGAAAACGUAUCAGGUCAUUGUAAAAACAGUUUCUGGUAAGGUUACCAGUUGGCCAGCCAGUGGUGACGUUACUCUCAAACCUUUACCGGUGCGAGAUCUUCAUGCAGAAGUUGAUGAGAGAACAGGUAUGGUCGAAGUGUCAUGGAAUCCCGAAAAUAGUAGUACACAAGAUAGCUAUAAGCUUCAGUAUCACGAAGUGGAAACAACUAUUGGUGGUGAUAGCAACACUUUAACAACUGACAAAACCAGAGUUACAUUGGAAGCUUUGCUGCCAGGAAGAAAUUAUUCCAUAAUCGUUCAAGCGAUUAGCAGUAAAGUUGAGUCAAAUGAGACGGUACUUUAUCAAGUAACAAGACCAUCUAGUCCAAUAAUUGAAGAUUUGAAAUCGAUUGAAAAAGGUUUGAACAUAUCCUGGAAGAGUGACGUAAACUCAAGGCAAGAAAAGUUCGAGGUGACGCAUAAUAGAAACGAUACCGGCGAAAGUGCGACUACCUUGACCACAGAGUCGCACAUUGUUUUAGAAGAUCUUUAUCCUGGUGCGGGAUAUGAGGUCAAGGUUUUUGCCAUUAGUCAUGGACUCAGGAGCGAACCGCAUGCACAUUUUCAAGCAGUUCUUCCUCAUCCACCAAAGAAUUUGAGCAUUGAAAAAGUUACCAGUAACACUGUACUCGUUCAUUGGGAGGCACCAACAGAUUCAAUAUUUUCUGAAUAUUCUAUCAGAUAUCGUACGGAAGACGAGCCAAGAUGGGUGAAACUACCGAGUGUUCGAGAAAUUGGCGAAGCAGAAGUUGCCGAUAUGACACCUGGAGAAAGAUACACGAUACAAGUGAAUACUGUAAGCUAUGGGGUAGAAAGUUUACAUCCGUUGCAAGUAAAUCAUACAAUUCGACCAAACCCAGUAUUAAAUAUUCGUCCGAUCGUGGAUUCAACGAAUGUUACGUUAGAAUGGCCAAGGCCCGAAGGUAGGAUCGAAACUUAUGUGAUCAGAUGGUGGCCUGUAGAAAAUCCAGAUGAUGUAAGAGCAAAAAAUGUCACGGAAAGUCCCGAAAUCUCAGCACUUAUAUUCGACGAGAACACCAUUCACACGGAAAGAGUAUUAGUUGGUGAUUUGAUGCCAGGCAUGCAGUACUCGUUCAGCGUUUAUACCAUAUCUUACGAUCUAGUCAGUGAAAUCACCAAUUUAACUACCAGAACAAUGCCGCUGAUCCAGUCCGAAGUCGUAGUGGUGGUAGAUCGCGAUCAACCUGGCUCGUUAACGCUAAGGUACACCCCGACGCCUAUUCAAUCAUCGAAAUUCGAUAUUUAUCGGUUUCGUAUCAACGACGAGAACAAUACGACUAAGGAACGUCGUGUAGACGAUACUGAUACGAAGAUAACCUUUAUUGGUCUUACACCCGGUAGACUUUAUCAAGUGACCGUAUGGACUGUCAGUGACAACGUGGAAAGUCGGCCAUUGAUUAGACAGGAUAGACUCUAUCCUGAACCGAUCACUGCAAUAAAUGCGACAGACGUUAACGAUACCAGGAUAACAUUGACUUGGGAUGUACCAAGAGGAGAGUAUGAUACUUUUGAGGUGCAAUACAUAAACACCGAAGGGAACUAUAUCCAAAAUUUAACAUCCAUUAACACGAUAACCAUAUCCGAAUUGAAGCCAUAUAGAAAUUACACGUUCACGUUGGUCGUUCGAUCAGGAACUGAAUCAUCCUAUUUGAGGGUGUCGAACCCGCUUAGUGCCAGUUUCACCACGAGCGAAUCUUAUCCUGGUAGAGUGGACAAGUUUUAUCCAACUGAUAUACAACCUAGCGAGAUCAGUUUCGAAUGGUAUUUGCCGAAUCAGGAGUACAAUGGUAUCAUCAGAAAAUACAGCAUCACUUAUGGCUUGGAGGGUUCUACGCACACGCAGAUGCAAGAUUUCAGGCCUAUCGAAUUCCGUGGUAUCAUAAAGUCCCUCAUACCUGGCAAAACGUACGUCUUUCGUAUUCAAGCCGAGACGAAGGUCGGUUAUGGUCCUGAAUUUGUUUGGAAGCAAAAGAUGCCGAUAAGGGCACCACCAAAACCACCAACUCAAGUUGUACCAACCGAGGUCUGUAGGAGCAGUACUACGAUACAAAUACGGUUUAGAAAAAAUUACUUCAGCGAACAGAAUGGUGCUGUAACCUCGUAUACCAUAAUCGUUGCCGAAGAUGACAGUAAAAAUGCAUCUGGUUUGGAAAUGCCUAGUUGGAGAGAUGUUCAAGCUUACAGCAUUUGGCCACCUUAUCAGGUUAUGGAACCUUAUUAUCCUUUUAAAAAUGGAUCCGUAGAAGAUUUUACUAUCGGAGGUGAAAAUUGUGAUAACAAAAUUGGUUAUUGCAACGGGCCACUUAAAUCUGGUUCAACCUACAGAGUAAAAGUACGAGCUUUCACUGCACCUGACAUGUUCACGGAUACAAGUUAUAGUUUUCCAAUUCAAACAGGAUUGCUGCUGGCAGAUAAGGAUAACACUGCUAUAAUUGUUGGAGUUACUGUCCCUAUUGUUCUUCUAUUAUCUUUAUUGGGUAUCGGUUUGCUCGUAAGAAGAAGAAGAAGUCAAGGAAGGAAGACUACCGAGACCAGAGCUACGGACAAUUUAUCUUUACCAGAUAGUGUUAUUGAAACGAGUCGUCCCAUCAAAGUAGAAGAUUUUUCUGAACAUUAUCGAAAUAUGUCGGCGGAUUCGGAUUUUCGUUUUUCCGAAGAAUUCGAAGAAUUGAAACACGUUGGAAGGGAUCAACCAUGUACCGCUGCCGAUUUACCAUGCAACAGACCAAAAAAUCGUUUUACAAAUAUAUUACCUUACGAUCACAGUAGAUUUAAAUUACAACCUGUUGAUGAUGAAGAAGGCUCCGAUUAUAUUAAUGCUAAUUACGUUCCUGGUCAUAACUCGCCAAGAGAGUUUAUAGUAACGCAAGGUCCUUUACACUCAACGCGAGAUGAUUUCUGGAGAAUGGUGUGGGAGAGUAAUAGCAGAGCUAUAGUUAUGCUCACGCGAUGUAUUGAGAAGGGUAGAGAAAAGUGUGAUCAUUAUUGGCCCGUGGAUACAUUGCCCGUUUAUUACGGUGAUAUUUGCGUAACCAUUUUAAACGAGGCACAUUAUCCCGAUUGGAGUAUCAUGGAAUUCAUGUUGUGCAGGGGUGACGUUAAAAGGGUAAUACAACAUUUCCAUUUCACAACAUGGCCAGAUUUUGGAGUACCUAGUCCACCUCAAACAUUGGCAAGAUUUGUUCGAGCAUUCCGAGAACGAGUUAGGCCAGAUCAACGACCAAUAGUCGUUCAUUGUAGUGCUGGUGUUGGACGUAGUGGUACAUUUAUCACAUUAGAUAGGAUACUUCAACAGAUUUUGGUAUCAAAAUACGUAGACAUAUUUGGAAUAGUUUGGGCUAUGAGAAAGGAAAGAGUUUGGAUGGUUCAAACUGAACAACAAUAUAUUUGCAUACAUCAGUGUCUACUUGCUGUCUUGGAAGGACAAGACACUACGGGACCACCUCGUGAGAUUCAUGACAAUCAAGGAUUUGAAGGAAAGAAUCGAAGCUCGGUCGAAAACGCUAAGAGUCCUGCUGAGGAUGAAAAGGAGAGGUGACCUUCGAACUCCGAAUCCUGCGUCGAUGAUGACGAAGGAAUAGCAGAGUCGGGAAUGUGAUGAUCCAAUUAAUGAUUAUCAAGGACAAUCGACUUGCUAGCAGGGCACGUGAACGUCUCAACUAUCAAAAUCUAUCUUAGAAUAUCCUGGCGUUUUGUUGUAUGUCUGAUUCUUCAGAAAAUAUGAGAGAUAACUUUUUUUAUUUUUUUAACAAUCUCUCCUAUAAGAAAAACGUCAGAGAAAAUCUAAGAAAUGACGUUCAAAGAAGAAGAAUGAAAGCAGAUCAACCACAAUCGUACGAAUUAUGAGAUUUUGGAAUUAAACAAGAAAAGGAUCAAUUCUAAAAGCCCCCCUCUUCCACCACACUUUAUUUUGGGGGUUAAUACUCAAGGAUGUUUUAAAUAUUAUCUGUCAAAGUGUAUUUGUUCGAUUAACGUGUCAUCAACGUGUUGUUCGUACACCAAUUUUCAUUCACUGAUAUGAAACGAAGGAUUUAACUUUCAGUUUAAUGGAAAGUUUGGUUUGAUCUCAUUGAGAUUUUUUUGUUCUGUUUUAUACUUCGAUUCCAAAAUUGUGACCAAUGAUAUAUGAAUGAUACCUUUGCGUGUAAAUGGGGAAAAAGGGAAAGGAUCAAAUUAAAAAUUAUUAUGCAAAAUACAUUAAUGUAAUGACAACGGUAUGAUACCACAAGAAAGAAAAAAUGUGAAGAAGAUGAAGAAGAAAAAGAUAUCGUCUUAAUUAUAUCUUCUACUUGUAGCUGCUAUUUUCUGUGCAUAGAAAAAUUAUCAUACGUGCUCGUGUUGAUCCCUUUAUAUAGAUAGAUACAGAUUUGCAUAUCAUAACGAAUUAACAAACGAAAGAAGAAGAAGAUGAAGAAAAAUUGAAUAAUUCAAUUUGGGUUGUCACGUAUUCGUAUUCGCAUUUGUUACAAAUCUAUUUAUUAAUUAUAUAUUUAUUUUUUAAUUAUUUACAUACAUACAUACAUUCAUAAAUUUGAAAUUAUCUUUGAAACAUAAUUACCCAUUUUUUUUUUUGUUUGUUAAUAAUUGAGUACAAAACAUAAGAAAGAUUUGUAAUUUUUCAUAGCACAUUUUUCUAAGAUUACAAAUUGAAUUUAAUUAAAAUAAUAUUCGUAUAUUUAAACAUUUUUGGAUAGUAGAUUUGCGACGAGUGCGAAAUCGAAAUGAAAUCAGCGAUAUUUAUCGUCAUCAUCUAGCUGUUGCAUACAAAAUGGCAACCAUCCGUCCAAGAGCCGUGCUAGACGUGCCAAUUAAGUGUUAAAAGAGAAUUAAAUUAAAAUGAAAAAUGAAAAUGAGAAAAGAAUGGAGUAAAAGAUGUGGACGAAGCGAAUAAAAAAAGAGAACACGUGAUGAAGAUACUGUUUUUUGAAUAUCAUUACUCUCGAGUUAGGCCAAACAAGUUAGUGGGAACAAGAAACUCGCAUCUUCAUAGAAGCCAUAUCACUUUUUUGUGAAUUAAAAGAAAAAAAAGUCACUCGACCCGAUAACACAUAUAUGGUGUAUUUAAUGGUUAUCGAACUAUUUCAGACGAAUAUUCUUGUCAAACAUAUUUUUUUUAUUAUUCUUCUUCUGUAUAUUUAAGUUCGACUUUUUUUUUUUUAAUUAUUAUUAAAGAAGGUACGAAAGAGUACUUAAACUUUGUGUAAAUUAAUUGACGAAAGCGAGAGAGAAUGUGUGUGAGAUAGAGAGAAAGAGAGAGAGAGAGAGAGAGAGAGA